AUGUUCGAUGAUAAAACUGGUUCGGUCAAAAGCGUCUUUACAGAUAUUAAAAGGAUUAGAGAUUUAAAUGCUAGUUUUCAAAAGGAAUUACGUAAAGGCAUUGAAGUCUCAAUUGAGGCUCCAACCUUCUUAAAUUUUGACGAUUACGAACUUAUAUUAGAUUCUAAACCUCAUUGUAAAAACAUUCAUCUUAGACGGAACAAGGUAUCCCUUUUAGAAUAUGAAUUUAAAGCAAUUCCUCUGAACUACUACGAUGAGAAAACUGAAAAGGAAAUUGAUCGGCAAGUUGCUAUUCUCAAAGAAUUAAAAUAUUCAGAACACAUUAUUAAGAUUUAUGGAAUAGCAAAAGCUAGUGAUGUAUUGAGAUAUUAUCUGGUGACAGAGUGGAUGGAGAAUG